AUGGGUAAGUUUUUCUGAAUGACUGAUGUCAUUUGAAAUUACUGUAGACUUUGUCUUGGAGGUUGGACAUUUAUAAUCCGUAAUUUGGUAUUGAGGUUUGUGUUACAACGGAUUCUUCUGAAAUUUCCCAUUAGUACCUAUAGGUUAGGUACUUUAUGUUUUCAUUAAUUGAUGAAAAAAGAAAUAAGUAUCUAUUUCUUAGUUAUAAUAGUUAUAAUAAUAGGGAUUUUGUACAUUACAUUUUUGUUAUUUUUACUACCUACCUUCUGUUAUAUUAUAAAUGUUGAAUAACAUUUCAUUUUGGUGAGGCGGGAGUAAAUGUUCGGCUUGAGUUGUUUACUUGCCUUCUUCAUUAAUGACCAGACAAUAUUUCGUCUGAUUUUAAAGUUUACCGUAUGUGUGCAUGUGGAUAAAGUAUAAAAUGUGACUGAUGAUUACAUCUAACUGUUAGUACAUACCUUUGUAGAUAUAUGAAUAAUGUAUAUGAUCCAAAAUCAUAAUUUUAUCUUUUCAUAUUUUAUUGUUGAUUUUAUUUAUUAAUAUUCAUACCACUGAAUUUAAUUUGCCUAAUUCAGAGCAGGACAUUUCAUUAAAAACAUAUUGUAAAUAAUUCAGUACUAAAAACUUUUAAGUAGAAUUCUGAAGUUAUAGGAGCUAAAAAAAUGUAAUAAAUAUGCAAACAUUUACUCAGUUUAUUUUUCAAAAAUAUAUUAUAAUAAGAUUAUUAAUAUGCAAAAAAAAAAAUAUAAAGAUUAAAUGUGAAUAGCACCAUUAUCUCGUUAAAUUAAUAAUAGACUGUGAUGAUUAAAAAUACCAAUGAAUAACAAGGUAAAUAACUACGUUGAAUUAUAUUGAGUUUUAUAUUAAAUAUUAUUUAAAACACAUUUGUUAAGAAAGAAAAAAAAAAUCAAAUUUUUUAGCAAAUAUUAAAUAUGCAUUAUACGCUAAUGUUAAUGAACAUCUAUCAAAUAUGCACUUUUUCUCUAAAAUUAACAAAAUAUUUUAAAUGUUCUUUAUUUAAAGAAUAAGACUUUCUAGCUUGGUCUGCUAUAAAUCCAGUGCAUUCAGACAAAUAUGCAACUCUUAUAACUUCCAAGCCCUACUUAUUAGGUAUUAAUAAAAUAAUAAUCAUCAUACCUUUGCACUACUUACCUAUUUAACUAAGUACAAAUUAUUUUUUACAACACAAUUAUGUAUUUUGAACUAUACCCUCAAGAAAAAGGUUUUACACAAUUGAUGUAAAUAUAUUUUGCUUGAAUUAUGAUAUAUAAUUUUCAUUAUUACUAUGUUUAGUCCCAUCCCCCUCCUCUCCCCAUUGAAUAAUUUUGAAUAAGCUAUUGAUAUUGUUAAUUUAUUAUUUUUAUUUGAUACAUCUAUGAAUUAACUAUAUGAGGAUAUUCAUUUAAGUGGUUACACUCAUUAUCUUCAAAACUUUUUAAAAUUUUUUUGACAAUUUAAAAAAUAAUCUGCUCAAAAAUGUUAUAUUACAUUGAAACAACUACUUACUUCUGAUUUUCAAAUGACAAAUUAUAUUAAUAUAGAAAAAUUGCACAUAGAAAAUAAAAAUAAAUAUCUUUGUUAAACCAUAAGCUUCUUCGCUCCACUCAGAAUCUAAAAUUCCAUAGAUAUUAGUUUAGUAUAAUUAUUAGUUGAAAUACAUUUUGGUAUUAAUAUUUUUGUAUUAACAUUUAUAAUAGGUUGUUAUUUGAAAAUCAAAAGUAGCUAGUUGUUUCAUCCUCAAAAAUAAAGUUUAAUUUUUUUUUUUUUAUGUUACAAUUGCAUCUCCUCAACAAUUGAUCUAAAGUAUAACAAUUUACAUUAAAUAAAAAAAAAGAAUCAUCAAGUAAGGAUAGUGUUACCAUGUAGCUGCAUUUUUUUAAAUUGUCAAAAUUAAUUUGUUUUAAAAACAUUAAAACUUUUUGAGAUAAUGGGUGUUCCCACUUCAAUGGAUCAUCUUGUAUAUUGUGCGUAGCUUAUGGAAAAAUUACAGUAUUACAUAGUCAUUAUAAACUUUAUAGACAUAUUUUAAAUUAAAGGUAGGUAUACAAAAAAUAAAACAAAUCCAUUUUACAUAAUUGGCACUAAUAAGGUGGGGCUUAGAAGAGGGCUUAUCCCCCAAAAUUAAACUUUACCAAAAUAUUCAAGUUAUUUUUGUCUAUGUUUUACAUAUCUACUCAGUGACCACAUAUUAUUACAUUAAAAUAAUAAUAAAUUGUAAGAUCAUCAAAUUAAUAUUUUUUUAUUGUUAAGUAACUUUUUUAACAUAAUAAUUUUUAAAAAAAACAAAACCUAUUUUCUUAUUAAAUAAACCAGUUUAUGUAUUUAAGAAAAUAUUAGAACUGCAUUUAAAUUUGUUUUAAAAUUAAUUUAUAAUUAAAAUUUCUGUAUAAUAUCCCGUAUAUUUAAUACAAAUAAAAAUAAAAUUUAAAUAGAGCAAGUUCUAAUUUUAUGAAAUAUAUAAUUUCUGAUUUAAAAUGUGAGUAUUUAUAAAAAUUGUUUAUUAUAAUUUUAUUUUACAGGUGGAUUUUACAGCUAUUUCAAGAGUUUAUUUGGAGACAAAGAACUUAGAAUCUUAAUAUUAGGCUUAGAUGGUGCUGGAAAGACUACCAUAUUGUAUAGGUUACAAGUUGGCGAGGUUGUGACAACCAUUCCGACAAUAGGAUUCAAUGUAGAACAAGUAAUUUAUAACAAUAUUAAAUUUCAAGUUUGGGAUCUUGGAGGCCAAACAUCUAUUAGGUAAUAUUUUUUAUUUUAUUCGUUUUGUAUAGUAUAAUUAAUAUUAUUAAAAAAAAUUCUAAUUUUCUAAUUUCCACAUUAUGUAUCAUCGGCUAUCAUCUCUAUUUAAAAUAAUUAUGUUUUAAUUAUUAUUGAAAAUCUUUUUGAUAAGUUUUGAUACUUUUGAGACUGUACAUUUUUAGUGAUUAUUUAUUAUAAACCAAUUAAAACAAUAUUAUCAUUUAAAUAUUUAGGAGUGACUAUAGAUUUUAAUCUGAAAUGGUCCUAAAAUAUACAGAAAUAGAAUAUUAAAAACAAAUUGAUGAGCUUAUCUGUUUUAUUCUACAAAAUUUGAUUUCUUGAUAAAUUACAUGUAAUUUGUUGUAAUUAAUAUUUUGUAAUUGAUUUGGCUGAAAUAAAUAAAUAAAUACUUACAGAUAAUAGAUUUCUUCUAAUAAAUUAAUUUUAUGCUAAGAUUUUAUUUGAUUAUAAUGUGAAAUCACUUUCUGUUUAUAUUGUAUGGGGGCCAAUAAUUAUAGGGUAACAGCAGUACUGAAUUUAGAUUUUUGGGGGCCCAGGGCAAACAAUAUUUGAAGACCCAUGCUUUUUAAUAUAAUUAAAUAUAAGUAUAUAACAUAAUUAAAUCCAUUCAAUACAUUUUCUAAUGUCCACCAGUUGAAAAAAAUAAAAUAAAAAUAAAUGACUUUAUUAUCUAUGCAAAGUCUAUAGAUAAUGUAAUGACAGAAUAUUAUAAAUAAUCUAAAUUGUAUUUUCUUACCUGAUCAUAUUAUUAGGUAUUCAUUUUCAUUAAAUUCAUUACAAUUUAAUCAUAUUUUGUUUAUAAGAUUUAAAGGAAAUUUGGUGAAACUAUUUUAUUUUGUAGGAAAUAGUAACGAUAAAAUAAUAGCUAAUAUUAAUUUUAUUUUUUUCAUUUUCAGGCCUUAUUGGAGAUGCUAUUAUUCUAAUACAGAUGCUGUAGUAUAUGUAAUUGAUUCAGUAGAUCGAGAAAGAAUGGGUAUAGCCAAAGAUGAAUUGAUGUACAUGUUAAAAGUAAGUUUUAAUAAUAUUACAGUAGUUCUUGGUAAUUCCACAAAUUUAUAUAGGAAGAAGAACUGAAUGGUGCUAUACUAACAAUAUUGGCUAACAAACAAGAUGUCGAAGGUUGUAUGAAUGUUACUGAAAUAUAUCAAGCUCUCGGACUAGACACUUUAAAAAAUCGAACAUUCCAAAUAUUUAAAACAUCUGCCAAAAAAGGUAUAGGACUUGAUGAGGCUAUGGAUUGGCUUUGUAAUACAUUACAGAAUCACAAAUAA